UGGGAAACUCCGGGCUCCGCCUUUAAAACAAGGCGUUUGCCUUCCCUUUCGCUUUCACUUUCGCUUGGCUUCCCUUCGGAGGAGAGGCGCCCGGCCGGAGAGCGAGCGAGCGAGAGAGAGAGAAGAGCCAUGGCGGCCCCCGUCCGGAUGCCCAAGCCCACCUGCCUGAUCCAGAACCAGGAGGGGAGGCUGUCUGUCUGCCCAGAGGCCCUGGGGGUCCUGCGGAGCAUCCGUCACCCGGUGGUGGUGGUGGCCAUCGUGGGGCUCUACCGGACGGGCAAGUCCUACCUCAUGAACCGCCUGGCCGGGAAGAGGACAGGCUUCUCCCUGGGGUCCACGGUGCAGGCCAACACCAAGGGCAUCUGGAUGUGGUGCGUCCCGUACCCGGAUCGGAAGGACCAGACCCUGGUGCUGCUGGACACGGAGGGCCUGGGCGACGUGGAUAAGGGCGACACGCAGAACGACACCUGGAUCUUUGCCCUGGCCGUGCUCCUCAGCAGCACCCUGGUCUACAACAGCAUGGGCACCAUUGACCAGAACGCCAUGGACCAGCUCCACUACGUGACGGAGCUGACGGAGCGCAUCAAGGCCAAGGCCUCUCCCGGGGGCAGCGCAAGGGGGGGCCUGGAGGACUCCUCCGAGUACUUGCGCUUCUUCCCCAGCUUCGCCUGGGCCCUGAGGGACUUCACGCUGCAGCUGGAGCUGAACGGGAGGCCCAUCACCGAGGACGAGUACCUGGAGAACGCCCUGAAGUUGAAGAAAGGGGACUCCCCCGACGUCCGGCUGUUCAACCUGCCCCGCAAGUGCAUCCGCUUCUUCUUCCCCACCCGGAAGUGCUUCAUCUUUGACCGCCCCACCAGUCGGAAGAACCUGCACCGCCUGGAGCAGAUGGAGGAGAGAGAGCUGGAGCCCGACUUCGUGGAGCAGGCUGACCGGUUCUGCAACUACAUCUUCUGGACGUCCAAGGAGAAGACCCUCCCGGGGGGGCAUGUGGUCACUGGGCACCUGCUGGCCAAGUUGGUGGAGACCUACGUGGAGACCAUCAGCAGCGGGAAGGUGCCCUGCAUGGAGAGCGCGGUGCUGGCCUUGGCCAAGAUGGAGAACGCGGCCGCUGUGGAGGAGGCCCUGGCCCGCUAUGGGGGGCUGAUGGGGCAGAGGCUGUGCCUGCCCACAGAGAGCGUCCCGGAGCUGUUGGGGGUCCAUGCCGAGUGUGAGAAGGAGGCCCUGCAGGUGUUCAUGGCACGCGCCUUCAAGGACGAUGCGCAGCGCUUCCAGGUUAAGCUCAUGAAAACCCUGGAUGACCGGAAGGAGGAAUUCUGCCGAAGGAAUGAGCAGGAGUCCUCCCAGCGCUGCCAGGCCCUGCUGGCCUCGCUCUCCGUGGGGCUGGAGGAGAAGGUGCGCAGCGGGGUCUACUCCCGGCCGAAGGGACACCGGCAGUUUGUGGGAGACCUGAAGGAUGUGGAGGGAAGAUACCGUCAGGAGCCCAAGAAGGGGGUGAUGGCAGAGGCGGCCCUGCAGCAGUUCCUGGAGAGCAAGGAAGCCGUCGGCAGAGCCAUUCUCCAAAGCGACACAGCCCUCAGCGAGAAGGAGAAGCAAAUGGAAGAGGCCCAGGAGCAGGCGGUGGCGGCCCAGAGGGAGAAGGAGGUCCUGCGGCAGAGGCAGGCUGAGCUGGAGCAGAAGAUGCAGGACAAGCAGCGGAGCUACGAGGAGAACAUCCAACAGCUGAAGGUCAAGAUGGAGCAGGAUCGGGAGCAGCUCCUGGAGGAGCAGAAGAAGAUGAUGGACAGCCGGUUGGGGGAGCAGGAGGCGCUGCUGAGGGAGGGGUUCCAGAAGGAGGCCAAGCGGAUGCAGGAGGAGGUCCAGCGCCUGAGGGAGCAGAGCGCCAGCGUCAAGGAGCCCUCCUGGAUGGAGAAGGCCAUGGAUGGGCUGCUAACAGUCGGCAGCCUCUUCUUGCCAGGGAUCGCCGGCAAGGCAGUCGGGCUCAUCUCCAACCUGUUCAGGCGCUUGUGACCAGGCCCCCCCACCAGCACCGCCCCCUCCCCUCCCGGCUUCUGCUGCUGCUGCUGCUGCCUUUGGCCCUCCGUGGCCUUGUCCCCGUGGCUCUUUGGAGCUUCUUCAGUUAGAGAAGGAUGCUGUGCUUCCCCUGCUUGAGAGUGGUGCUGAGAGGCAUCCUCCCAGGGCCUUUCCACACACUUUCCAGGCACACACAGGCACACUAGCCGCUCUGAGUCGUCUUGUGGAGAUAAAAAGCACACUAUAAAUAAACAUAACAAGAACAACAAUAAUACUUCCUUGGGCGCUGCAGAUGGAAAGAGAGAGAAAGCAGCAGGUUGAUGAGGACUGCAGAUAAUUCACGACCUUCACGAAGGGAGUGGCCUCCCCCCCCUUCCUUGAAAGUCCUUCUCUCUAUAGCACGCACAGGUCCGAACAUCUUAAGCCUUCACACAACACAAUCGGGAACCUCAACCAGUGGCUGAUCCCAAAGGAGGGGCUCCCUCCUGGGCACACACGGGACUGGGCGAUUUGAGGAGUGGAGUCCACGACAUGCGAGUGUGGGUGAGAGCAAACCACAGACCACCGACCACAAUGCAGCCUGAGCCACAUGCACAACAGGACCUUCUCACAGCCACCCCAGAGGCACUCCCAAGUGGCCAGCUUGUGGUCAAAGGAAAUUAGUAUUAUGCCAAGUUUUUAACUUGGUGUUUUUCUAACUGUACCCUCAAUUUGCUUAUGACACAAUAAAUAUGAUAAAUAAAACAUACAACACAGACUAACUAGCCUCGUGCACAAGGAGUGGUUCACAGAGAACCCACUUGAUGCCUCAUUGAAGACACUUAAAUAAUUUUUGUCUUUUUUCACCCUGUGUAUUGAAUUGAGCUGAUUUUGAACAUUCAGUAUACAGUAGAGUCUCACUUAUCCAACAUAAACGGGCCGGCAGAAUGUUGGAUAAGUGAAUAUGUUGGAUAAUAAGGAGGGAUUAAGGAAAAGCCUAUUAAACAUCAAAUUGGGGUAUGAUUUUACAAAUUAGGCACCAAAACAUCAUGUUAUACAACAAAUUUGGCAGAAAAAGUAGUUCAAUACGCAGUAAUGCUAUGUAGUAAUUUCUGUAUUUAUGAAUUUAGCACCAAAAUAUCACGAUGUAUUGAAAACAUUGACUACAAAAAUGCGUUGGAUAAUCCAGAAUGUUGGAUAAGCAAGUGUUGGAUAAGUGAGACUCUACUGUAGUAAUAUAAUAACGCUAAUACUGAUCAUAUAUAAGAUUCCUCUCACUUCCUGGUGUCUCAGCUCCUUUGUCCUCCUUGUUUGUUAAUAGGAACUGUUUGUAAAUCAGAUGUUUUCAGUUUGGGGAUGGCCUGUAUAUAUAUAAAACAAUAAUACAGUAAUAUUAAUAAUAUAUAAUAUAGUAAUACAAAUGCUAUAUAAGAUU